UAAAGGACACGUGUGUCGGAAGCUUCUGUGCACUAGCAGCCUCGCCAUGGAGGAUAAAAUAAACCUGGAUUUGGAAGACUUUUCUUCGGAGCCAUAUUUAGAGACGUUUAUUAAGGAAAUAACCGAGCAAGACCCUUCAUUUCUGAUCGGAAUUUUCGUUGCUAUAUCUGUUGUUAUUAUUACAAUAGUAUUUUUGAGAUUUUUCUUGGUCGCCAAGAAGACAAGAAAUGCUGUGUUGCUGGUUGGUUUGUGUGACUCUGGGAAAAGUCUGCUCUUCAGCAGGCUUCUGACAGGUAACUUUAUUAAAACUGUGACAUCUACAAGCGAAAGCAAAGCAACCUACAGAACAAAGAAGGAGAAGACCACCCGCUGGACCCUUGUGGACACUCCUGGUCAUGAUAGUCGAAGAGCUCAGGUUAUCGAGAAGUUUAAGGAUUCUGCCAGAGCGAUCGUGUUCGUGGUAGAUAGCGCCAUUUUCCAGAAGGAGGUAAAGGACGUGGCUGAGUUCCUCUACUCCAUCCUGACGGACAACGUAGUGAUUGAGAACACUCCGACGUUGCUCAUAGCCUGCAACAAACAAGACAACACCAUGGCAAAAUCGGCUAAACUGAUUCAACAGCAGCUGGAGAAAGAGCUAACCACUCUGAGGGUGACCCGCUCCGCAGCCCUCUCGUCUCAGGACGGCUCGGUUCAGUCCACGCUGUACCUCGGAAAGAAGGGCAAGGACUUCGAGUUCUCCCAGCUGUCCAUGCAGGUGGAGUUUGUGGAGUGCAGCGCGCGCGGCAAGAGCGAGGACGAAGACGCCCAAAUCGAUGCUUUAGAGAAGAGUUUAGCCAAAUUAUAAACGGUCAUAAGCAUAACAGGUUGUGGUUAAAGACGUACAAAGCUGAAACCGUGUGUCUGAAUUUAAAGUCUUUUAUUACGCGGCUUUUGAGUCAGUAUUAUUUUUUUUUCUGUUUUAUUUAGACUUGUAUACAUCAGCUGACCUAGGACCAUUCGCAUAAAAGUCUAUUUAUGUCUGAUUUUAAGUGUAAUAAGGGACUCGUAUCCAAAACAUUCACACACGUUUAUUUAUUUGGACUACACGAAGUUCUAAUUUAACACAACAGAGUGCUAUUUUUAUUGUGAGGUACUGUACCACCAGUUUACUGUGUUGCAAACAUUGCUGUAUUUCCUCCACGCCUGCUUUCGUGCCUUACAUCUGGAACGCUGACAGCGUGAUUGUGGGAACUCAUCAAGCUCAAGCUCUUGCUGAAAGCUGUAAAUAAACAGUCUGAUUUUUUUU